AUGGCAGAUCGGAACAAUAUCACAGCUAACAGCAACAAUUCCGCUGCGGCGGCGGCGGUGGUAGCGGUUCCCAAGCCGAUAUGGAUGAAACAAGCGGAGGAGGCCAAGCUGAAGAGCGAAGCAGAGAAGGCCGCUGCUGCCAAAGCCGCAUUCGAAGCCACCUUUAACAGUUCCCAACUUCAACAACCUCAACCCCCAUCGGCCGCGUCACCCGCCUCUUCGGAUUCUGACGACGAUGAUGACAGAGCGUCUGAGAUGAAAAGCUCCGUGGGGCCCGUGGACCCUUCCAGGUGCACAGCUCAAGGGGCAGGGAUUGCUGGAGGUACGGCUUGUGUGGCGGCCACGUUUACAGUAGUCACGAAGGAUGCCGAGGGGAGGAAGGUUGUUCAGGGUGGGGCUCAAGUAAAGGUCCGCGUCUCUCCAGAUGUUGGAGUUGGAGGUGAUGAGCAGAACGGGAUAGUGAAGGAUAUGGGGGAUGGAAGCUACAGUGUGACUUAUGUGGUUCCUAAGAGGGGAAGCUAUAUGGUACAUGUGGAGUGCAACGGGAAGCCUGUUAUGGGAAGUCCUUUCCCCGUCUUCUUUAGCGCAGGAACUCCCACUGGUGGUCUUCUUGGAAUGGCUCCAGCUGCUUCCUUUCACACUUUAGUGAACCAAACCAUACCCAACAUGCCAAAUUAUUCUGGUUCUGUAUCUGGUGCUUUCCCAGGGUUGCUUGGUGUUGUUCCAGGUGUUUCUUCAGGGGCCUUGGGUGGAGUGGUUUUGCCUGGACUAGGUUCCUCUUUAGGAGAAAUAUGCCGAGAGUACCUUAAUGGACGAUGUGCUGCUACUGACUGCAAGUUUAAUCACCCACCUCAGCAUCUACUGAUGACUGCUUUAGCUGCCACCACUACAAUGGGAACAUUGAGUCAAGUGCCAAUGGCACCGUCUGCUGCUGCAAUGGCUGCUGCUCAGGCAAUUGUUGCUGCUCAAGCCCUUCAAGCCCAUGCUGCAGCCCAAGCUCAGUCCUCGAAGGAUUCUGGUUCUGCUGACAACGAACGGAAGGCAGAUUCACUUAAAAGAACUGUUCAAGUUAGUAACCUCAGCCCACUUCUGACUGUCGAUCAGUUGAAACAGCUUUUUAGCUUUUGUGGAACUGUUGUGGAGUGUACAAUUACGGAUUUAAAACAUGUAGCCUAUGUUGAAUACUCAAAGCCAGAAGAAGCCACUUCUGCGUUGGCACUGAACAAUAUGGAUGUUGGGGGUCGUCCAUUGAAUGUCGAAAUGGCAAAAUCACUACCUCCAAAACCCAUUUUGAAUUCACCAUUGGCUUCAUCGUCUUUGCCUAUGGUGAUGCAGCAAGCUGUUGCCGUGCAACAAAUGCAUUUUCAGCAGGCUCUAUUAAUGCAGCAAACGCUGACUGCCCAGCAGGCAGCUAACCGUGCAGCUACAGUUAAGACUGCAACAGAAUUAGCUGCAGCUAGAGCUGCGGAGAUAAGUAAGAAGUUGCAAGCUGAUGGACUGGUUGUGGAGGAGAAGGAAUCUGGCAAGAUGUCUAGGUCACCAUCUCCAACUCAUGCCAAGUCAAGAUCUAGGUCAAGAUCCAAGUCGAUGUCUCCUAUCAAUUAUAGAUCAAGACGAAGGUCAGUGUCAUACUCACCUCCUACUCGUCGCAGUCGAGACUAUAGAUCCAGAUCACCUAGAAGAUCUCGCUAUUACUCGAAUUAUGAGGUGGAUCGUAGAUACUACAGAAACAGUAGGGAUGCUAGUGACAAGCAUAGAAGACGAGUGCACGAUGAUGGUUCACCUGUUCACAGGAGAAAGAGGAGCAGGAGUGUGAGCCCUCAACCUAAGAAGGUGUACCGUGAAGAUUUAGGCUCACCUAGACGCCACCGAGAAAGUCAUGUUGAUAGAACAAAGAAAUCGACACACAGUGAUUCAAGGUCUCGCUCUCAUAGGAGAAGAUCUUCAUCUUCAGGGGAUGAAGCAUGUAAAUCAAAACAUAGGAGGCACUCCUUAUCUAGAUCUGAUGAAGUUAAGCAUCACUCUUGUGAUAAGAAAGACAGGACAAAUGAAGAAAAACCAAAGAACCGGAACAGGAGACGCUCCAGAUCAGGUUCUAUAGAGGGUCAAGAUCAUGGGCGGAAAUUUACCCCAAGAGUUCUGGAGGAGAGCAAAUCGAGACACCGAAGACGAUCAAGGUCCAGAUCUUUAGAAGAUAAGCAUCAGUCAAGUGAGAAAUAUGAAGGGAGCAAAGAGGAUAAAUCAAGAAACCGCGAUAAAAGACGUUCUAGGUCGAAAUCAACUGAAAGGAAGAAUAGGAAAGGCAGUAAGGCUGCUGUAGGGCGUUCAGAUGGUGAACACAAGUCGAAACAUAGGAAGCAGUCUCGAUCACCACAUAGGGAAUGCUCCGAGUCUUAUGAGAAUAAUGAUAAUUUAGAUGAUAUUGUUCCUGUUGAAAGCAAAGGUAUACCAGUGAAGGAUAAGAAUGAUACAUCUGUGACAUUAAAUGAUGUCUAUGUGGACAGGUCGAAUGAAUUGAUGGAUAUGAAUGCUGGAGAGGCUGCAAUUGUUGAGAAUUCUUCGAAAUAA